AGGAUCCAGGAUGCUUUGGGGCGGACGGGGAGAGGGGCAGAGAGAGCGACGCCGAGGUGGAGAGGGUGAGUUGCACGGAUCCGACUUCUCCCCGCGUUUCACCUUUAGGAACUAAGAUCGGAAAAACCUGAGAAGAGUUGGAAACAAAGAAAAAAAAGAAACAUGAAAGAAAGAAAUCUUCAUUAAACACACCACAAAGUUCUUUCGUUCCUUCGCUCCUGCCAUCUCGCACCUCUCUCAAUUUAAUCUUAAAUCCACUUCCACGUUCCCUGAGGGACUCAAUUCUUUCUUUUCCUUACGAGACAGAAGGAGAGGGGUCCAAUCCCCCUGGUGGACCGACACCAGGACUUUCCUCUUUCUCUCUGCUCCAUUCCCCCCCCCUCCACCAUGACGCUCCUGGCCUCCGAGAGGUCGCUAUUCAUCCGGAACAAGUUCCGCUCAGUCCUGCAGCUGAGGAUUCAGAACCGACGGCAGAGCGAAAUCAAUGCCGACCCUGGCUUGAAAUCUAGCAGUCCUGCUCAAAAAGCAGAGAAAGACCAGAGUGAAGCUCUGCGUCUCACCGACGACGGUGCCGCUCAGAAGUUGCCCUCUAGUGGCGUGAACGCUGCCACUGCACCAGAGAGGACUGUGUGUGGCGCCCAGAGGCAGAAGAAGACAUGCCAGGCACAGGACCUCCAGCGUCUGCCCGGACCGGUGGAACAACAGCACGAGCACACGCUGCCCCCGGAGAGCUGUCCUGCGCCUUUCCCCGUGUCAGCUGAUGUCUUCGAAGAUGACAUCUCAUCCUGCUCCUCCUCCUCGCCCACUGAGCAUCAUGGCGUCCACCAAUCACCGGGCUUCGCCUCUCUCCCCGGGCUCUCUGGCGACCAGUUACUGAGUGACUUCUCAGGUAUCGGACCAGCCCUCGACCUCAGUUCCAGCCACGCUCAGUCUGGUUUGGCGUUGCUCCCGGCAACCGAGGGCAUCCGACAACCUAUGAGUGUAACACUGUCUGAGUCAAACUCCAUGGCAACAACUGGGAGACCGAACGGGAUGUAUCUGACCUCUCAGACCACACCUCUGCUGCCAAAGACAGCUCGGCCUCCCAGCCCCACGUGCUCCUCCUCCUCCCUGCCCCCCUCCCUCAGCUUCAACCACCUCCCCCGCCCACGGAAACCGCGGGACACAAAACCCAAAAUGAGGAAGCUCAAGUAUCACCAGUACAUUCCUCCGGACCAGAGAGGACUCUCUGGGACUGGAGGGGGCGGAGCCAAACAGAAGAGCCCUACCCCUACCCAGACUUUAGACCCGGCCUAUUCCCAUCUCCUGAAGCAGCAGCAGGUUUUCCUCCAGCUUCAAAUCCUCCAGAACCAGCAGCAGCAGCAGCAGCAGCAGCAGCAGAACCGGCAGCAGAACCAGCAGCAGGCCCAGGUCCUACCCAGCGGCGAUCACGGUGACCUGGUGAAGUCCCCUGGAGCCAAGCCCCUGAACCCUCAACCUGCUCCUUCUACAACCGACCCAAAGCACGUGGAAACAAGCCCAGCGUCCAAGCCUGAGCUUCUCCCGGCAAACCUAGACGAUCUCAAAGUGUCGGAGUUGCGGCAACAGCUGCGUAAACGUGGUCUUCCGGUCUCCGGCACCAAGCCUGCCCUGCUGCAGCGCCUCCGGCCCUUCCAGCUCCCGCACGCGUGCCUCCCCCCCGCUCCCCUCUGCCAGCUGGGUACCAGCCUGGAGCCCGUGGCCCCCUGUGCCUCGCUGCCGCCGAGCCAGAGCCCCGGCUCCAGCUCCGCCUCUGGCCCAGACUCGCCCGGCAGCAGCCCGAACCAACAGCUCUACAUCCAGGACAGGGGAAUUCCUAACGGGAUUCUCAGCGACGCUCCAAGCCGAAUCACGCACGGCGCUCCGAGCGGCUUCGCGGGCGCCGCGUCGCUCAGCCUGGCGGGCAAGCAGGGCGGCGUGUCCGGCGCCGUCCACCGCCUGGCGGCGGCCAGCACCGCCUCGGGGACCCCCAGCCCCAGCCUGCCCAUGUCGUCCUCCUCGCCCCUGCAGUGUGGGGCUCCCUGGAGGAGCGAGAACGAGCAGCAGCAGCAGCAGCAGCAGGAGCUGAGCGUGGAGCUGGAGAUGAGGGAGAGGAUAAGGAGGAGGCCCCGGGACCGCUCUGCACACGCCGGCGCCGAGUCCUGUGGCGGAUCCCUUCAUCCUUUCCUGCAACAGGAUCCAGGAUGCUCCAGAGGGAAGUUGGAAGUGGACGGACAAACCGAGGUCCUGUUUACUCAGGUGUUCUGCUGCCAACCGUGCGACAUGAUUGGCCAGGACUUCGAGCUGCCAGUGCAGAUUACAGCGAGUCCCGUUCAGACCUUGCCCAGCGUUCGCAGUUUGGAAGAGGAGCUGCAGGAGGCUAUCCAGAAAGCACAGAUGGACCCUCGGCAGUCCAUCGAUGACAUUCUAGAUGAGCCUAUUAGUUGUGCUGGCACUGUCAGUGUCUCUGAUCAUAAAUCCCCCGCGCACUCCGCCCCCGGCCCCUCGCCCGCUCCUCAAGCUGAGGCCCAGUCGUCCCAGCACCACAGCGAGGACGACAGCUUCCUGCCGUCGCCCCUGUGCUCCUCGCUGCUGCUGGAGCUUCCUCCCUCUCCGGCUGUAAUAAACCCCAGCCAGGUGGUCCCGGCUGUGCCCCCGCCGCCCAUGUGCGCCUCCCCCCUGCCGUGCACGGGAAAGCCUCGGAAGCGGCGCGCCCCCGCGCCAUUUGAUGCCGCGGACUGGCUGGAAACGCUGACGUCCGGCCUGCGCCCGCUCACCCCGCCCAAGGCGCCGUUCGUUGAGACAGAUUUCGGGCUGGAUUCAGAUCUGAACGUCAAUCGAGUGUUGGAUCUGAUGAUAGAGCAGUGGUGAAGACCUGUGUGCACUUAUCUGUUUGUAACUCUUUGUAUGUACAGUAGGUGAGCGUUGUAGGUGCUAAUGGUUAUGAAUGGCUGAAAUUGUACGUAUGCAUCCCAGUAAGGACACAAAUCGUUAGCAGAGGUCUCCAUCCAUCCAUCCAUCCAUCCAUCCAUCCAUCCAUCCAUCCAUCCAUCCAUCCAUCCAUCCAUCCAUCCAUCCAUCCAUCCAUCCAUCCAUCCAUCCAUCCAUCCAUCCCUGAUUGGCUGUCAGACUCACUGGCUCCACACAACGUUGAGAGCUGGAUUUGCUGCAGCUAUCAGAUCAGAUGGUGGGGCAUUGAGACAGCAAACACAUGCACCCUACGCACACGCAGACACUGCAGGCUGCUGUUUAAAAACUUGGGCUCAGUCAGAAAUGGCAAACAGUUGUGAGUUGACACACUCCACAGCGCCGUGUUUGUAGUGCAAAACAAAAGGAAACCUGGUGGCAUAUUAAUUCAUACAUGUUGUCACGCUGCUGGUGUGCCCGUUCUGACUUAUCUCCAAAGCCUGUUGUCAGACUGGGUUAAGUGCGGCCCCCGGUGCUGACUCAGUCAUCGGGUCCCAGCCAUUCAUGAAGCCCAUUUAGAGUGUGUAGGAGCUAAACAGAGCACACAGCCUGUGUGUGGCUCCAGACCUUAACCCUGGUGCCAGACACACAGUCGGCAUGAGGGGGGGGAAGCUGGCAGAGGCCAACAUCAAGCUGUGUGUGUGUGUGUGUGUAUGUGUUUAUGUGCAAGCGUGUACUGUACAAGUACGUGUGACACGAGCUUGCUUCUGUUUGUCUUCGCUCACGCACAUGUGUAUUUAACAGCACUGACGCCUAACGCACUUGUAGGUAUUUCCUUGAGUUGAGUUGUGUGUUUGUGUGUGUGUCUGUGUGUGUGUGUGUGUGGUCGAUCUGCGACAGAUCAGACAGGUCCCAGUGCCGGUGGGCAUCGACUCCAGUGUGGUCAUCCAGCGUAAUCAUCACAACAAUCACAUUACCUUGUUCAAGUUGCCGUCCUCCAGGAGAGCAAUCAGGCAACCUCCGAAAAAUAGUUCAUAUAAAAAUGCAACAAUCAGACACGAGUUUCCUCACGGCUUCGCAAAAACAGGUGGUCAUUUUGUUCCCUGAUUAACCCCCAGCUGUGUCUGGCUCGCAGCUUGUUACUUAUCCUGCUAGUCGCAAAGCCAGAAUUAGCACAAUUUAUAACAACGCCGCAGCCACACCUGCCCACUUAGUAGAAAUGAAUUCCACAAAUGUAUCAUUUGACAUUAUUAAAUGUCUGCUGCACAUUUCAAUAUACAAAACAACGGCGUCUGCAAAGGAAGAUGCUGUGCAGCGCCACAGGUGGAGGAGGGACGCGCAUAUCACUUGUUUGCACAAUCCUUUAAGUCAGUUAGGUCCAUUUCUAUCUCCACUUAACAUAAGGCCAUUAAUGAAAACAAAUCUGACAGAGGUUAGCUGCCAUUAACCUCUGCUGUGCCAGAUAAAUGUAAUUUAGGCGCAAGAUUCCAUGGACAUAAAAUGAUGCUCUGGCCCAAAUUGGCUGCGUGCCCCAUCCAUCAUUGUGGAGAGCUCCGAAUGACUCAUUCAUUUAGGAAGCAUUGUAACUAACUGGAAAGCCUCCAAUUAGAUCGCGUUAUUUCAAAAACGUGGAGGGGCUAAAUGAUUUGUGUGAAGAUCACAGAAACCAGCAGGUGUGAGAUCAUACGACAGUAUGUUGCUGUCACGUUGGCCGUGUUUGCUGCCAGCCUGUUUCUUUGCCUGACGGUAAAUCAGCGUCAGACGGUAUCUGAGCAUCAGCCGGCCCACAGCACAACAUGGCUUUAUGUUUAUGAGUAUUUACUACAGAGACCAUAAAAAUGCAGUUUAAUGUGAAUGGAUCACUAUGAAAAUCAUAGUGAUCAACAAAUGUUGCCUGCUGCAUGAAAGAGGCAGUUUAUAGGCAGGAGAGCGUGAUGCCGCCUCCUGCUGCCGCCUUAGGCUGCUUUAGGGCCAUCUCAGUGUAUUCCUUGUUUCUUAUUUGAUUUCCAGACACUGGUGCAGAGUCGCUCAAAGCACUAUACCAGGUUUAAUCAACCCCAAGUUGAAUAUUUCUGGUUUUAAAAACUGACCUGAUCAGGUCUGACAGGUUGUGAACCUGGGGUGCUUUGUGUAACUCAGACUCUCAGACUCUGUUGGCCACUUCUGCUGCUAUAAAAUGCCUUAUUGUAAAAGGUGAGACAGGAUAAUAUGAUAAUGUGAUAUAAUUUGUUUGCUUUUAUUUAUUAUGAAACGUAUUCAUGCGAACAGCAUGGACCCUUGUUCAAAAUGUAUUGUAAAGCUUUGAGAAAAUUAAAGUCUUAAUAGAUUUUC